AUGUUCCUUAUGAAUGCUUCUCCUGUGGUAGCUCUUCAGACAAAAUGGGAGUCCUUUGGACCGGCAAGGAAUUAUAGAUAUCCUGUUUGCUUCUCCGAAUCUGAAGGGGACGUCACUAGAACCUCUGUAAGUGCAAAAGUUCAGAUGAUCAUAAACAACCUGCAAAGUCAAGAGUCUCCCCUGGGUAUGAACAAUGAGUAUGGUUGUAUUAUGCAGAAGAAACAAAAGGGAGAAAAGGGUACUGGUACCAGGGUCGCAUCCAGCACCACAUUGCUACAGAAGCGUCCUCAGUACCCCAAGUGCGAAUGCACGGCUGAUUCGGACGACACUGACGCGGAAGAGAACGUGGGGUUUGGGACUCUCUUGCUCGAUUCUGAUAGCGACGAUUCUGUUGACCGAGGUAUAGAGGAAGCCAUUCAAGAGUACUUGAAAACAAAAAACAAAAGUGACCAGUUGUUGCAAAGGAAUGCAGAGUGUUCUGAAGAUAUAAGCAGAGACAAAAGGUUUAAGAGAGAGUUCUCACAGAACAAAAUGGCUAGUAACCUUCUCCCGGUGAAAUUUAAAGCUGAGAUGCUCUCUGAAGAGUACCUGUCUGACCACCUGGGAAUUGGUAAAAGGCUACAGCCUGCUUCCCCUCAGAGCAUCAGUAGCGAUGACUCUUUUGAACAGAGCAUACAAGCUGAAAUAGUGCAGUUCUUGAAUGAGAAGAAGCAGCAAGAAAUUAGUAAAUGUGUAAUUGGGAAGGAUAAAAAAGAUUCCCAUGUGAGAUCCAUCCUAAAAUACAACAAAGAAACAACAAACGAAAACUGUGGUGCUAUAAAGCAAGGUUGCAGUGCGCUCCUCUUGAGACAUCAUCCCAAGCUACAGAAAACCAGCACGCAGACCAAGUGUUUGCAGCCUAAAAUCCAAGAAGAGCCAAGUGAUUUCAGCCGAGUGAACCCGGCUUAUCUCGAAAUGGCCACUGCCAGCCAGCCCUGGUUGGUGGAGCAAAAUGAAGAUAGUGAAGCUAAUUGCUGGGAGACGAGAGGAGCGCUUAUCAACGAGAGCAUGCACACAUCCGACUCAAGUAGCGACGAUGGCAUUGAAGAAGCCAUUCAGCUUUAUCAGCUGGAGAAAAUCAGGAAGGAGGCAGGUCACGCAACAGACUGUGUCCCUUUGCGGAGGGAACAAUUUGGUACAAAGGGAGUGGCGGACAUCUCUGCAAGCCUGACAAUUAGCUCGACAAAAAGUGCCUCACCAGAAAUCCAUAAAAGCCCUGUAAGCAACAAGAGGAAAGAAAUUAAUUCAAAGUCAACAGAGUUAGAAAGCACCAGCAAUGAAUUUAACAAGCUGUUUAAACCACUGAAAAAAGCCAGACGUUUUGUACCUCCGGAAAACAAGAUUGCUGCUUGUGAGCUGACACUGCAGGCCUCUUGCAGAGCAGACACAUCUGCAGAGCUCAUGUGUGCGGAAGCUAUCCUUGAUAUUUCCAAAACAAUCAUGCCAUCCCAAAUGGGAAGUGACAACAAAUCACUCGCUGCAGACUCUUUCUUUUCCCCCCAGCGUCUCUCGUCCUCCUGUUGUGACAGUGACAGCAGCCUUGUGGAUAGCGAUGAUAGUAUAGAGCAAGAAAUCAGGGCUUUUUUGGCUCUGAAAGCACAGUCAGAAAGCCUUGGGACGAAGCCUCCCAGCCUGUCACACUCAAUCCAGAUGCCUUUGCCUUCUGAUCAAAACAGCCUUGAGCCUUCUCUUCCCAAAACACUGAAGCUAUCACUGAGUCAUCAAAGGAGACUUAAAAGGGAAGGCCGAAUAGCAAAACAAGGUGCAUCAAAAACGCCUGAACAGCUGGAGACAGGACUUUUCCAGCAAGGUAACUAUUCCGAAUUUCCUGUGCUCCAAGAGGAGCAUGCCCUCAGCAGCCCUGCAGAACUGUGUGAUGCUCAAAGGCUCAGCAGCAAAGAGACAAGGCAGCAGCAGCAGCUGAUGUCUUCGGAAUUGUCCGGAUCUGUUGGCAGGUGUGUGGCCUUGGACUCUGUAAAUCCUUUUAUGCAGGUUCAGAGUAGCGCAAGAAAACUUACAAAAAAUACCACCCAAACUCAAGAGAGGGACGGUUCGGAUGAGAGCAGCUCUCUGGAUAGCGAUGAGGACCUUGAUAGUGCUAUCAAGGACCUUUUACGGUCCAAAAGAAAGUUAAAGAAGAAGUCCAAGGAGCAGAAGUCUCAGUGCAAGAAGAGAGUCAGAUUUAGCGAGACGGAAACUCAGCUGCUAGAUGAAUUUAGUAGCCUCCAUCAAAAUGAGUGGAAAUGUAAAAGUCCCAUGCUACUGAAAAGUUGCCUCUCAAAACCUAGAAAAGCUGUGAAGGAGAAUACAAUUAGGAAUUCUCUAGACAACGUAAGUGUCAAACUUACCAAUGAAAAACCAGAAACCAUGAAGAACUUGGAGUUUAAUUUACAGCUUAAAAAAGGAUAUAAACCUAAAACGAUCUCAAACCAGAAUAACCUGCGGGUAGCUAAAAAUAAAAAAUGUACUUUAACAGCUGCCUCAGAUGCUGAUGACAGCAGUUCAGUGGACAGCGAUGACAGCAUCGAACAAGAAAUUAGGAAGUUUUUGGCAGAAAAGGCUAAAGACUCUGUGAGCAAUUCAGAGAUACAAAAAGAUGAUGCGACUCUGAGCCUACUGAGAGUGACCAAACAAACUGGUAAUAAAGGAAAAGCAAAGCAAGAGACAAUUGAAAAUGAGAUUGACCUCAUGCUGGGCCAGAGUAAAAGGACUGAGGUAUCCCAGCAAACUGAUGAGUUGAAGAACUCUCAGAGAACGGAAGGGAAAAGUGCAAUGUUAUGUAGCAGUGGGAAAUCUGCUUCCUCUGCAGAGAAUCUUCAUACUACUGGUCAGGCAAAAGCUAAGCAAGGAGUGGUGGGAGUUAAAGUUGUUGCUGGUGGUGAGUUAUCUGGAAACGCAACAGGUAAAAAGGAUGUCCCUAAUACAGAGCCUGUGCAGAAAAUACUUCCACCUAAAACCAGCAAAAAUGAAGGGUGUAAAGUACAAAAAGUAAUUAAUGCAAAGUCUAGAUCUAAAAGAAAAAAUACCUUUCACCUAAAAAUUUCGAGUCAAUUUAUUGCAGGUUUAAAAUAUGCUCGCGACAGGAAGAAAUCCAUGCUUUUGAACAAGAGGCAGAAAGCAGAGCGUUUGCUCACCCAGAGCAGUGCAUUGGGAACGGAGGCAGCUUCCCAGGAUACUGAUAACCAGGGAAGAGGAGCCCCCUUGCCCCGCGGUGAAUUUGGUGAGGAGAGUACAACAGCAAUAAAAGAACCCAAUUCUUCUCAGAAGCUCGCUGGGGAAGUCCCAAGUCCCCAUGUAGUAGAAACCCUUGAAAGACUGGAGGCUGCUCCUCUGUGUAUCAGAGAGGAAGCAGAGGGCUGCAGAAAGGCUGGUGCCUCGGGAGACCCGUCAGAGUCCCACUCAAAUCUCUCCUUGCAGGAGGGGAGUGUGGCAGCAGUGGAAGCAGACAAGGUUUGCAGAGGAACAUCCAGAGCUGAGAACACCCAGGUGUGGCUCGAGGAAGGAGAUAUCCCCAAAGGCAGCUGGGCCAAUUCAAAUUUAGAUCCCCCACGCCCUGAACAUGGUAUGGCAGUGGGAAAAGCAGAUAAGGUGAGCAGAGAGGCAUCUCAGCAGAGCGUACACGCGUGCAGGAAGGGAGAGAGUCACCAGCAGGACAAGAGGCCAGAUCUAAGUUUAGGUUCCCUGCUGCAGGAGCUAAAUAUGACAGCAGUAGCAGUGGGGAAAACUAGUGGAGGAGCGUGUACAAAUAACAAUAUGCAGAUGGGCAUUAAGAAAGAAAAAGUUCUCUGCCAGGACAGUGACAGACAGGAAGAAAUGCAGGUAUCCAGCUCCAGUUUGGAAGGAAAGAUACCUGUCCUGCAGAACAGGGAAACUGCUUGUGAAGUGGACCAAGGGUGGGAAGUUUGAGAUAAAAACUGUGCAAAAUUUACCGACCUACCUGCAGGGAACUGCCCAGAUUCCCUCAUGAAAAGAAAGGUUUCAAAUAUGUAA